AAAGUUAUCGCGUCAGGAUUUGGCGACUCCACGCAUGCGUACUGCGGAUCCAACGCUGAUGCAAGAUAUUUUCGGCGCAGCAUUGUGGGACUGAUCGAGGGACAAAAAGUAGCCGGAUUUCAGUCACUUUUCAGCCCGCAAACAUGUCUGGAGACGAGAUGAUUUUUGACCCUAACAUGACCAAGAAGAAGAAGAAGAAGAAGAAGCCCUUCAUGCUGGAUGAGGAAGGAGGAGAGGGGGUCGGAGGAGAAGAGGCCAAGGAGGUGGAAGCGAAGGAGGCCGAACCAGAGACUGGAGACGACCGGGAGAUGGAUAUAGAUGAAGAUGAAAUCAGGAAGAAAGAGCCGUCCGAUGAUUUGAACGACUUGAACUUCUUCAACCAGAAGAAAAAGAAGAAGAAGCCCAAGAAAGUAUUUGAAAACGAAGUCGAGGAGGGAUUAAAGGAGCUGAAAAUUGAAGGAGAGCAGACAGAGGUGCUGGAUGAGGACAACCUGGAUCUGAUGCUGCCUACCAAAAAGAAGAAGACAAAGAAAGUGGACUUUGACGAAGGCGAACUACUGGAGAAGGAUGACCCAUUGGAGGAUGAUGAGGGGAAAAACAACGAUGGGAUCUCCUUCAGCUCCAUCACGGGACCGUCCUGGUCCGGCUCUGAAAGAGACUACUCUUAUGAUGAGCUCCUGAACCGAGUCUUCAACAUCAUGAGGGAGAAGAACCCGGACAUGGUGGCCGGAGAGAAGAGGAAGUUUGUGAUGAAGCCUCCUCAGGUGGUCCGAGUGGGAACCAAGAAAACCUCCUUCGUCAACUUCACAGACAUCUGCAAACUGUUGCAUCGUCAGCCUAAACAUCUCCUCGCUUUCCUUUUGGCUGAGCUGGGAACAAGCGGUUCCAUAGACGGAAAUAACCAGCUUGUGAUCAAAGGCAGAUUUCAACAGAAACAGAUAGAAAAUGUGUUGAGAAGAUAUAUCAAGGAAUAUGUGACGUGUCACACCUGCCGCUCUCCAGAGACCAUCCUGCAGAAGGACACUCGCCUCUAUUUCCUGCAGUGUGAAACGUGCCACUCCCGCUGCUCCGUCGCCAGCAUCAAGACCGGUUUCCAGGCUGUGACAGGCAAGAGGGCGCAGCUCCGCGCCAAAGCCAACUAAAGACCACCAAAACUGGGCUCCCCCUCCUCUCUCGGCCUCCAAUUUUCCCCUUGAGACGGGCCGGGGCUGGGGUCGGACGCCCCCUUGAUUAGCUAAAAGGACUCUCUGAAUCGAACUGCGGGAGGGUUUGGCUGUUGUUAAGUUGUGUCGUGGCCUGACCGGGGCAGGGAGUGAGAGAGUGAGUAUCUACAGCUGACAGAUGGGGUUCAGGCACUGUAAGCAGAUGAUGUGUACCACACACUCUGCACACACUUGGAUGCAUUUGAUUUGUUGUCUGGCUGAUGAACCCUCCACCUCCUACAUUUUUUUUUUUCUCCAUUUGCUGUGAUUCUUGAUUCCUGCAAGAAAACCCUGAUUUAAUAUGGCUUCCUCAUUCUUUCCUCUCCCUCUUUGUGUACACCAGACAUGACAUUUCUCAAUGCAACCAGCUAAAUUGGAGUUAAUCUAAGUUAAUCUACAAUAACAGCGCACAGUUGCGCUGGUCAUUGUAGUCCUGAGGCUCAUGUGGUCCUCUCUCUAUGUUGGAAUGGUUGUGUUCCUGUUUCUGGUCUGGCCCAAAAUCACAAAACUGCCAGUCCAGAAUUUUCUGCUCCAGUUUAUCAAAGAUAAAAAUCAAAAUCACCGGGCUGGAGUUGCAAACGGGAAGAUUUGUCAUUGUAACUAUUCUGUGACAGGCUCCUAACACUGACGUCGUUUUGAUCAUACCAGGAGAUGACCACAAAGUCAAGUAACUAGGAGUUGAUAAAGGUGAGAGCUCCUUCUGACUGAAGACUUUAAUAGAGAGGCUGUUUGUGAGACAGAUGUAGAAAAUAUACAGCUUGUUUGUGAGUGCUUUUCUGGCAUUGAUGAGCAAAUGUGUACUUCCUUCCUUUUGGCUUCUGAAGUUAAUAUUAACUAAUUUUAUCAAACAUUUGAGUUUUGAUGUGAAAAUGAAUAAAAUGUUCCCUCUAAAAACAGCCUGUGAGCGGGCACCUCAGAUCAGUCUCUAACCAGGCUUAAUUUUCAAGUGUGAUUCAAGAAAUGUACACCCAAAGCUAGCCAGGAUGUGGAGUUUCAGACCAAUGAUACUGGAUGUGACAUGAUAUUGGUACUGUUCUUGUUUGAGGAGGAUGUGGAUAAGGUCUGGCUGGAAUCAUUUUAAAACCUGGUUUUUACAAAAAUAAAAUGUUCUACUCUCUCUCUCCA